AUGAGUACCAACGAAACAUUCUCCAUAUGCAACAGAUGUCUAGGACCAGACAAGCAUCUAAGAAUGAUGAAACAAGACAACGGUGCUGAAUGCAAACAAUGUACGCGACCUUUCACUUUAUAUCGAUGGGGUAAUCGAUCAGCAGCAAAUAAACUUACCAAAACAACUAUUUGUAUAACGUGUGCUCGAGCUAAAAACUGUUGUCAAGCUUGUCUAUUGGAUAUAAAUUAUGGAAUCCCAACAGAUAUUAGAGAUACGGCAUUGAAAUUGGCUGGGAUCGAGCCGAUGUCAAUGAUUAAAGAUCUGGCCAAUCGAGAAGUGAAGGCAAUCAUGGCCGACAAGUUAGAGAAGUCAUUCGGUAAACAAGAUGAAAGAAAUAAAGCAGCAGAAGAAGAAAAAGACAAGGCAAGGAAAAUAUUACAGAAGUUGGCAGAGAGACUUUCAGGAGGUGAUGAUUCAAUUCCAAGGAUAGAAAGUAGCGAUCCAAACAAUACUGGAGAAGCCUCAUCAUCUUCUAUCAAUGUGUCAAAGCUUACCAAGAAAUUACCAUUUGGAAACCUGUUAGAUCCAACUACAUAUCCUGAAAUAACAUCAUUUUUCAUAUUUGGAUUCCUGGAAAAUCUACCUCAAUAUAUUAUUUCCAAAUAUUGUUCGGAAUAUGGGAAAUUGAAAUCAAUUAUAAUCAAUCAUGAUUGUAAAUGUGGAUUCAUUGUAUUUGAGAAACGAGAAGCUGCAGAAAACUUUGCCAAAUCAAUCAAUGACAAUGGAUUGAAUAAGAAUAAAAAGACAGCAGGUCUCUUAGUACUAGAAGGGAUCCCAAUGAGGAUUUGUUUUGGGAAACAGAAGCCAUUGGGUAAAUCAAAACUGGAUUAUAAACAUGUUAGUUUAGUUGUUGGUAAAGUUAUGAAGCAAUUGGCAGAUAAAGAUAGACAUAGUGACAAAACAGAAAAUAAAACUAUUACAAAGAAGAACCCAAAACAACAACAACAACAACAACUAGACAACAGUGCCAAACCAAGCAAUAAGAAUAAGAAAGAAAAGAAGGUUGCUUCUAAUAAUAAUAAUCAAUAUCAAUCUUUACAAGCAGAUUUUGAAAUUUAA